AGUGGGAGGAACCUGUCUCUCUCUCUGGAGGAGGAAAUUCAUUUACACUCAACACCACUGCAGAACAACCAGAGGAGGGAGAGAGAGAGAGAGAGGAGAGGAGGGAGAGGAGGAAGAGGAGAGAGAGAGAGAGACAGAGAGAGAGAGGAAGAGGAGGGAUUGGAGGCGAUGAGAGGAGGACAGAUUUAAAGAGGAAACAGCGGCGCAUCAGGAGGAAGAUGAUGAAGAUGAAGAUGAGGAGAAAAGAGGCGAAACAUGAAGCGACCGGAGCUCCGGCGGAAGUUGGUGAUUGAGUCCAGGUGAGGUGGGCGGGGCUUAGCCCGCUGAGCCACCGUCUGAUUGGUGGGUGGUGAUGAUCGCGACUGGCGGCCUCCUGCGGAUCAACGCACGGCGACAGGAUUCACUGAGGUCCAAAACACACAAAGCAAACACACACAAGAGGAAGAACAAGAAGAAGAGGAGGAACGAGGUGGUGGUGGUGAAGGGGAAGUUGAAGCUGUUCUCAGUCUCGGGUGUCGUGGCGGCGCUUGGCAUCCUGGUCCUGCUGGUGGGCGUGGUCAUGGCGGCUCUGGGCUACUGGCCUCGAGAAGGACUGUUCUUCAGGGCUCAGCCACAAGAGGGCGCCGCGAUGGCCUCGGUGUCCUCCGGCAGCUCCACACCUGCACCUGCAGACGCACAGCGAGGAGACGAAGGAGACGACCGAGCGGGAGGAGACGGAGGAGACAGAGGAGACGGAGGAGACAGAGGACCUGAUGGAGGAGGAGGAGGACAUGAUGGAGGAGGAGAUGAUGGAGGAGAUGACGAAGGUUUGAACCGGACAGAAACCAUAAAUGGGACGACCAGACAGCCCCCGCGAGGCUUUCUGGAGGAGUUUCUGGACAGGUAUCUGUACUCUGAUAGGCUGAAGGUCUUCGGUCCUCUCAUCAUGGGCAUCGGGAUCUUCCUCUUCAUCUGUGCGAACGCCGUCCUGCACGAGAACCGCGACAAGAAGACCAAAGUGAUCAACUUGCGGGACAUCUACUCGACGGUCAUCGACCUCCACAGCCUCCGUAAACCCAACGCCGCCUCCGCUGCCGCCCGCCGCCCCUCCGCCAACCCCCUCAACGGCCUCGUCAACUACGUCCAAUCAAAGAGCCUGGAGGUCAAACCCAGGGCGUACCCUGCCUCCCUGCUGACCAGGAGGGAGGCGGAGGGAGGAGGAGGGCCGUUGUCCAGGCAACCGUUGCCCGGCAGCAGCGGAGGAGGAGGAGGAGGAGGAGGAGGAGACGCAGUGUUCAGUAUGUACCAGGAGCAGCCAGAUGCUACUCCUCCCCCCGCCUCCUCCUCCUCCCACAGACUUUCCCUCCCCCCCAGCUUCAGCCCCCCCCACCUCUCCACCUGCUGGACCUCCCUGCAGAAGGAGGCGCUCAGCUCCUUCACCUUACCGCUGCGCCGCCCGCGGCCCGCCGCGCCCCGCAGGAGGCACUCGGCUCGGGCGGGGACGGGCCGGGGCUUGGGGGGGGAGGAGGAGCGGAGGAGGGAGGGGGGAGGCCACAGACAGCGGGAGGAGGAGGAGGAGGAGGAGGAGGAGGUGUAUGCAUGUCCACCUCCUCCUCUGUGCUCCUCCACUCUGCCGCCGUCCAGAAGCUUCCUGGAUUCAACGGCAGCUUCCUGCAGCUCCUCCUGCCUCCAGAGGGAGGCGCUGCUCCUCCUCUCCUCCUCCUCCCUCACCCCCUCACACAUGUCGCUGUCCUCCCUGUCUCACCUCCUCUCCUCCUCCUCCUCGUCCACACCGCUCCCCCCCUGCAGGAGGCGCAGCCUGCCGACCGGCGGCGGCGGCGUGGCCGGUUACAGUAAACUGACAGAAGGAGAGGGCGAAUCGUUUGAGUCGAUGGAGAUGACCUCAUCGCUGGGUGGAGGUCAGAGGUCAGGGGAGGUGACAUCACACAGGAAGUACUCCAACAGGCAGAAGCUGAGGAUGAUCUCACGGGUGGAUUGUGGUCGGAGGCAGAAGGAGGAGGGAUGAGGAGACGGGCCGGCCAAUCGGGAGCCGACUCAUCGAUGACAUCAGCAUCACAUCAGGAAGUGUUCUGGAGGAUUAAUGUCGUAGCAAUAAGGAGUCUUCCAGAUGAAUGAAUGACAUCACAACGUCACAUGACCUGUCUCCACCAACCAGCUCGUUGACAGUCUGCCUGUUUUUAUACUCGGUGUCCUACUGCUGUUGCAUUAUGGGAUAUCUGGACUCACUGUUCUAAAAUCAGUCUUCACAGAAAACGUUCAGGGCUGACGGAUAAUUUAACGUCUUACCUUCAGUUUGUUCUUCUGUACCUUUAACCUUUUAACGCCCACUCACAGCUGGAGAUCUAUAGAUAUAUAUCUAUAUAUAUAUAUAUAUAUAUAGAUAUAUAUAUAUAUAUGGAUAUAUAUAUAUAUAACUCUGUUUUAAACAGGAGUUCUCUUUCAACAAUAAACCAGGGCUGCCCAUUAAAACAUUUAAUCCCACAUUAUUUGAUCUGUUCUAAAUGAACCUUAAAGGAGAUUAGUCCAGUAUUUAAUCCUCUUAUCAACAUGGGAGAGGACUAAUAUGCUGC